AUGAAAAAACAAAACGUUCGUACUUUAACACUUAUUGUUUCGACAUUCAGCUAUCUGCUCGUUGGUGCGGCUAUAUUUGACGCGCUCGAAUCUAAUACAGAAGAUUUGUUGCGCAAGCAGUAUCAGUUGGCUGAAGCGAGCAUGCUCGGUGCAUAUAAUAUAUCCCACAAUGAAUACAUUGAACUAGAAGACAUCGUUAUCAAAUAUCAACCGCAUAAAGCUGGUGCACAAUGGAAAUUUCCGGGAGCAUUCUAUUUUUCUCUAACGGUUAUAACAACUAUCGGCUAUGGCCAUUCUUGUCCGACUACAAGUAAGUUUAAUAAUAGUGAUUUGUUUAGCAUUAAAAGUGAAACAAAACCUAUUAUUUCAGUUUGGGGAAAAUUCUUUUGUAUGUUAUACGCUGUUAUUGGUAUUCCGCUUUGUCUAGUUAUGUUUCAAUCUGUUGGUGAACGUCUAAAUAAUUUUGCUAGUUGGUGUAUUAAAUCAAUAAAAAAAUGUAUUAAACUACGUCAUUAUGAAUCAACACAAACUGAACUUGUUAUUGUUGGAACCGUUUUAGCAGUUGGUGUCGUUACAGGCGGUGCCGCUAUGUUUCAUCAUUAUGAAUCAUGGGGUUAUUUUAAUUGUGUUUAUUAUUGUUUUAUAACAUUAACAACUAUAGGUUUUGGUGAUUUUGUUGCUUUACAAACAAAUGAAGCAUUAAAUACGAAUGCCUUUUAUGUUGUUUUAUCGAUGACAUUUAUUCUGUUUGGUUUAACAGUGGUUGCAUCAUCAAUGAAUUUGCUUGUUCUAAGAUUUUUAACGAUGAACACUGAAGAUGAACGUCGUGAAGAAAUACAAUCAGCAGUUGCACGUAAUUCACUAAGAUUUGAUAGCGAUAUUAUUAGUCCAAAUGGUGCACUCAUUCCUUCUUUAAUCUCGGAUCAAUAUGAUUAUUUAUCAACUGAAUUAACUCCAUCUGAAUCGGAACCAUGCCAUUGUUGUUCAUGUUUUAGACUUAGAAAAAGAGAACGUAAAAAAUUUACUGUUCGACGUAUGCCAGGAAAAAUUGCUCAUCUCGUACCAAUGCAACGUUUUGAUUCGAUGGUAAUGAAACAAGUUUUAUCAGAAUCCAAACCGUCCAAUGCUGAUUAUUAUCGACAGUCACUAAUUAAAUUAACAUCGUUUCCAACAACAUCGGGACACGGAAUUAAAACAUCAUUCAAUGAUUCUGCAAUGAAUGAUUGGCCACCACCACCUUCCUUUUCUUCUUCUUGUCAUCUUCGUGUUCGUACAUCCACGUCAAAUAAUUCUUUAAAAUUACCUUAUGAACAAGCAAACAGUGUGAAUAAUAAUGUUCGUGGCAAAGCUAUUUCUCAAACGAGAUUACAAACUAAUGUGUCUCAUUUUCAGCGAAAUACUGAAUUAAUUCCAAUUCGACGUGAUGUCAAUGUCAAACGAUCUUCCGUGUGA